AUGUCAAGAACACAGAAUGAGCCCCGCACAUCAGAUAUUGUCAUUGUGGGCGGCGGAGUAGCCGGAUGCGCCACUGCUGUGGCAUUUGGCAAACAGGGACAGACGGUGGUGCUGUUAGAAAAGAGUCUGGCACAGCCUGAGCGCGUGGUAGGCGAACUGCUGCAACCCGGGGGAGUUCGCGCCUUGCAUUCCCUGGGCAUAGGAGACUGUCUGAGAAAUAUUGACGCGGUGCCAUGCCAUGGCUAUCGAGUAUCAUAUUUCAAGGAAUCUGUCAAUAUCCCGUAUCCCGACGACCCUGAUGCACCAGGGGAGCGCCCGGAAGGCUGCUCAUUCCAACACGGUCGCUUUAUUCAAAACCUCCGUCACGCUGCAGCAAAUGCACCAAACGUGACUGUAGUGGAGGCUAAAGCCACGGACCUCCUCCGUGAUGAAGAUACGGGCAAGGUCAUCGGUGUGCUAGCUUGCAGUGCUGGGGAUAGUAAGAAGACUACAAAGUACUACGGUAGCCUGACAAUCAUCUGUGAUGGUUAUGCGUCCACCUUCCGCAAGGGAUACGUUCCCAACAAGCCCUCAAGCCAAUCGAAAUUCUGGGCUCUGGAAAUGAUUGAUGCCAAGCUCCCGGAGCCUUAUUACGGACAUGUGUUUCUCUCCGAUGCCCCUCCCAUCCUCGUCUAUCAGAUCAGUCCUCGCCAAACGCGAAUCUUCAUGGACGUUCCCACCGGCUUACCCAGCGCUAGUCCCGCUGCCGGUGGCAUCAAAGCCCACAUGCUUGAUGGGCAAGUUCCGAAGCAUGCCCAAUUCGUUUCUGCCCCGUCGGAACAAAAGGUUCCCGGCCUGCUAUUCCUCGGCGAUGCGUUGAACAUGAGGCAUCCGCUGACCGGCGGCGGCAUGACUGUUGCUUUCAACGACGUGCUCUUGAUCUCCAAGCUGCUUGCUCCGGGAAAUGUCCCUUCACUGGAUGAUUCCCGCGCAGUGCUCCAGCGGAUAGGUCGCUUCCACUGGGCGCGCAAGCGCAGUUCCUCGCUCAUCAACAUCCUUGCAAUGGCACUGUAUGCGCUGUUUGCAGCAGAGGACACCACGAUGGCUGCAUUGAAAACUGGGUGUUUUCGAUACUUCCAGAUUGGGGGUCGGUACAAGGAAGAGCCCUGCGGCAUGCUAGCGGGUCUGAUAGGCUCGCCGUGGGUCCUGGUUUAUCAUUUCUUUGCUGUCGCUUUCUAUUUCUUUGCUGUCGCUUUCUAUUCGGUCUGGCUUGUCCUGGCUGAGGCUCCUAUCUGGAAGAUACCGUACGAAGUCGUCGGGGCGACGUUGAUCAUCUGGAAGGCCUGCUGUGUCAUUGGGCCUUACUUAAUAUGUGAGCUCAUGCCCUGA